AUGAACAAAUUUAUAUUGUUUAAACCCGUAGGGUUAGGCAAGAUUGGAUUCUUUAGUAAUAAGAAUUUGAUGUUGUUCAAACAAAUACCUAAAUUGGCAAAAUCUGCUGAGGUGAAACCUGUGAAAAAUCAUUUCCUUAGAUCUAAUAUAGAAAUCCUUCAAUCAUCCUUGAAUCCAUUUAAAACUACAGGAAGAUUCUUUUCCAGUUCAACUAGGUCUCUGAUCUUUGAUAAGGGAAACGUAUGGAAGAACUAUAACAAAUACUACGGUAAUUCUCAAUGGGACAGAUUAAAGGGUCCAGCUAUAUUUACGGCCUUAUUUUGUGUGGGUACAACUUUAUUAGUCCCAGUAUUAUUUAAUUAUACACCUUUGGCUAUUUAUAAAAGAAGUCCUUCGUUGUUAAUUUACACAAUAAUUGGUUUAAAUGGUUUGGUGUUUUUGAUGUGGCAAUCUCCUUCAUUUUUCACUUUCCUUACCAAAUUUGGUUUAUUAUUCAAAGAUAAGGUAUACAGCAAUUGGUCAAUGUUGGGUUCAGCUUUUUCUCACCAAAGCUUUGUUCAUAUUUUAUGUAAUAUGUUUGUAUUACAGUCAUUCGGUACCACUUUAUGUUCCAUCAUAGGUCCUGCCAAUUUCCUUAUCAUGUACCUUAAUUCAGCCGUUAUAUCGUCGUUUAUUUCUAUAUUAGUGCCAACUUUAGCCCGUACAUCGAUGUCAGUUGGUUCAUUAGGUGCUUCAGGAGCUAUUUUCAGUGUUGUAGGGACUUUUUCAUAUUUGAUUCCCAAAGCUCCAAUUGCUUUGUUCUUUAUUCCAAUCCCUGGAGGUGCAUGGAUUGCAUUCUUAGGAUCUGUAGCUUAUAAUGUAGCGGGAGUUGCUUUUAGAUGGGGAUCAUUCGAUUAUGCUGCUCAUUUAGGAGGUUCGUUAGCUGGAGUUCUUUAUGGAUGGUGGUAUAGUAAGAAACUUCAACAAAGAAGAGCUAGAGUUAGACACGUUGGAUUUUGA